AUGAUUGCCACGCUGAGAAAAUAUUUCUCUCCCGUCCAUUACACGGACGAACAACUGAAUUUCCUCCAGAUUUUGAAACCUCUAUACAUUUUACUAUCCUUUCUCGGUUUAUUUCCUCAAGGCAUACAAUUUUCUGAUGGAACCCAAAACAUUACUAAAACCUCCAAGAUCAGUAUUAAUUUGGCUUGUAGCUUUCUCACGAUCGUAACAACUCAUGUUUUCUUCAUUCUUCAUUUACUUGAAUUGAAUGCCUCUAGUAAAGAAAACACUAUGACCGAGGACUAUGUCACCGAAAUGACCUACACUAUUUGUCUAGUUUUACAAAUGUUCGUUUGUACCGUGUCAUAUUUUUGUGCAAUCCGCGACAGAAAUAUGUACAUCAUAAUGUUGAACAGUAUGGCUGACUAUUGGAAUGCUCUGGCAAAGGGUCAGAAAAGACAGAUUCUUGGAAGAUUACGCGUAAAAGUAAAUUGCGUGGUGCUCGGAGCAAUGUUGGUCUUAUUCCAUCUCUUGUCAGUCGUAACAUACACCGGUACAUCAGAUAUAUGGAAGAAUAUAUUAAUAAGCCUGACAUUUAAUCUAUUAGAGCUGAUUCAGUGGGCAGUUAUUGCAUUUUAUUUCGUGAUGAUUUUGAUGGUUGUGGCGCUGUUACAAAACAUCGAAGAAGAGUUUAGAGUGAUUUCGGAUCCAAGAAAUUUGCGGUUUGUUUCCGUUAAAGCUUAUCUAGGACAUGAUAUAGUAUUUUUACGAGAUAUGUACGUGAGGACGAUGGACAUCAAACGGCAGGUUAACGCUGCAUUCCAGGCACAGAUCCUGGUGGCGUUGGCGAUGACCUUUCAUGAGCUGGUGAGUACAGGACACUUGGUGUACCACGGCCUCUCAUACCAGUCGGACUUUACCCCACAUGAUGUUGCCGAGUGUUGCUGCUGGGUGCUCAAUCAAUUCGUAAAAUUGUAUAUCUUGGGUCAGUCCGGAUCUUUAUUGAAAUCGCAGGUGAAUAGAAUUGGCCGCAUUAUUCAUAAUAUCCCAAGCGGACAUCAAGAUUUUGAAGUAUAUUUAAUGGUACAACAUUUCUCAACAUUAAUGACCUAUCAAGAGGCGACACUCACUAUCUACGGGUAUUUUUCAUUGGAUGCGUCCCUCUUGUUUAACAUUGUCGUGUCUGCUGUCAUGUAUUUAGUAAUUAUGGUACAGUUUGACAGACCCGAAUGA